GUUUGAGGCGGUUUGUUUGGAAUUUCUAGCCAGUACUCCCACCAGGUUUGCAAACCCGACGGAGACAAUAGUUUAAUCAGCUUAAACUCAAAAACUACUUCCAUUACAACAGCUAGAUAUCGAUUACUGUCUGUGGAAGAAUGGAUGACUCUACGAAACGCUUACUGCAGCGACUCAUGAGACGGAUACCGAGUCAAAUGUUAAAAAUAACGCUGGAUAAGUGGGGCCGUUUGACGGCAGCACAGCAGCAAUCCAUGGAUUUUACUCAACCAAAGUGGGUGUUAACGGAAAAGCUACUCGGCAUUUGUGAGGAAAAUGAGUGGACAUCUAAACACAUCACAGAACUCGAGAUGAUAUAUGUCAUGGACAAUCCAAACCAGGGGAUGUGGAAUGCCUUCCAGCUCAUGGACCCUGAAGAUGAUUCUCAAUCUAUAGAGCUGAUACAGUUCAAGGAACAAUUUAAAUCUCACCUCAGUGAACUCGUAAGACAUGUGUCUGUCAAAAUGAAGAAACACACAGAUGAAGCUGUAUGGAUACGGAUUGCAUGGGGAGACAGCUUCUCUCGGCCCAACCACCUGAAACCAACAUACGUUGUUCACCAGCUUCAAACUCCUUAUGUUUUUGUGACCAGCCUGACUUCAAAGCAAAAGCCCCUGUUAUCUCAGGCCUUGAUUCUGGCCACCAGAUAUCAAGCUCUUAAGGAUGCUAACCUCAGUGGACGGAAUCUCACUGCCAUUAGGGACUUGCUGAUGAGGCAAUAUCAACAGGUGUUUCCCACAAAGUAUCCCAGCCCUCUUGCAGAGGAGAAUCAAACAGUCUCAAACACACACAUAGAGAGAGAACAGGCCGUUUCUGCAGCUAACAGAUGUCAGAUGGCCUGUGAGGCCUUUGGUGACGGGAUGUUACCUCAACUACAGUCUGUAGUUUACAAGCUGGAGACAAAAUUCAGAGACCACACCAACAAGACCAUGACAGAGCGGGAGGAGCCCUUCAGAUGUGUUGUCAAAUUUUCAAGCACUAAUCUCCUGGAGUCACUCAGACACUGUGCAUCUUCAGGUAUUGCCUCCACCCCUGUUACACCCCUGCUCUCAUCUAUUCCCCUGAAAGGAAAGAAUUAUUUUGUCAUCACAGACAACGGCCCUGGACCCUCUUCACAAAAGCGCCAACCACAAAGCUGAAGCGUGACAGAUUCUUGAAUUAGAAUACUCACAAUGUGGCCUGUUGUCACUUCUACCACAUCCAUUAAUGGAUUGCUUUUACCAUUCUGUCACUGAUCAUCUCUUUAAUACAGCUCUUGAAGAUUCAUGGCUCCCUGGAUUUUAGAAUAAAUCGAUGUUCUCGUCUGUCUUUAUGUGCUUUCAGAUGCUAAUGUGUCAAUAGUUGGCAAUUGAUUAUUGUCAUUGUAUUAUAUUUUGUUGGUGGUCAAGUAGCAGAAUGUUACUGUCAUUACAUGUUAUAUAUGUCCAAAUUGAAUAUUAAAGCAGGAUUUUUAAUA